CGACUUAUCAUCCGAGACGACAAGGAUACUGCUUCCGCAUUCAUCGCGAGCUAUAUCAUUGGUUCGUCGGAGCUCUUGUUGGCCAAUCGCGCACGUUCUGAUUUUGNNAUAGACCGUAUCAAGGCCUUUGGCCCAACUCCAAGCAAGCCAUUCGUGCUUGGUCUUCCUACUGGCAGUUCCCCUGAAGGCGUGUACAAGAAUCUGGUCAGACAUCACAAGAAUGGCAACAUCUCCUUUCGUGAUGUAGUGACCUUCAACAUGCACCCAGAAUCAUACCACAGCUUCAUGUACCGCCACUUCUUCUCACAUGUCGACAUUCUGCCGUCGAACAUCAAUAUCCUUAAUGGCAACGCGCCUGAUUUGGAGGCUGAGUGUAUUGCCUACGAAGAAAAGAUUAAACGCGCAGGUGGCAUCGAGCUCUUCCUGGGCGGCAUUGGUCCUGAUGGCCAUAUCGCUUUCAACGAGCCAGGAUCUAGUCUUGCGUCUCGUACCAGAGUCAAAACACUUGCCUAUGAUACCAUCGUUGCAAACUCGAGGUUCUUCGGUGGCGAUGUUGCACAGGUACCUCGCAUGGCACUAACUGUGGGUGUGCAGACGGUGUUGGAUGCAAGAGAGGUUGUCAUCAUCAUCACUGGCUCUCACAAGGCACUCGCCCUCCAGAAGUGUAUCGAAGGCGGAGUCAAUCAUAUGUGGACGUUGUCAAGUCUGCAGAUGCACCCUCAUGCGAUGAUUGUCGCAGAUGACGAUGCCACACUGGAGCUGCAAGUUAAGACUUACUUCAAGUCUAUCGAACAGGUCGCCUCAACACAGGGCUUCACGCAAACCUUGCCUGACAUCAGUAUCACCACUUCGAAGCGCGACUCGAUCAUCGAGAAGCUGGACAGCCCUCGUUCACCCAAAACAUCGUCUCCAUUCGUAAUCACUUCGAGCUCGACACCAACCUCUCCCACUUCUUCCGGCAGUAUAAGCAAGACUCUAUCAGUACACAACACAACUGCAGGUGCUCAACGGCCUGUAACGCCUGAGCCAGCACUCGACAGAAUGGCAGAUAGACUACCACCUUCGCCAUCUCCUGUCAACGCCAAACUGUCUGUGAACACACCGAUCCAGCGAUCCAUCACACCUGAUCUGGUACCAGAUCGCAUGUCAGACAGACUCCCAAGGACGCCUGAGAUGAGAGCGGUGACUCCUGAACUCGUGCCCGAUCGCAUGGCAGACCGGUUGGUCAGAACACCACAAGUUGCAGGACAAGGUCUCGAUGGUUUGGUGGUCGACGAAUUACCUCUGAGCAGUAUGGGGCAAAGGAUUGCUGUC